UGCCUAGCAGAAACCAGCUGUGAACAAGAUGAUCGCAUUCCAACUAGUGUUACAGUCAAAAUCAAUGGCAAGCUAUGCACCCUACCUCCAUGUCAUCCACAGAACAAGCCAGGGGUAGAGGUCAAACGACCCGGUCGACCUAUCAACAUUACUCAGCUGACAAGACUCAAUGCAACCAUGCCUAACUACAUUGAAAUCCAAUGGAUACCAGAAUUAGGAAGGUCGUACUGCUUGGCUGUAUACCUGGUUCGUCAACUUAAUUCUGAGGUCUUACUUACGAGGUUACGAAGUAGAAGCGUCAGAAACUCAGAUCACUCAAGAGCGCUUAUCAAGGAGAAGCUAACGCACGACCCAGACAGUGAGAUAGCGACUACCAGUCUUCGAGUGUCUCUCAUCUGUCCUCUUGGUAAGAUGAGGAUGUCUGUACCAUGCAGACCCAUCACCUGUUCCCAUCUCCAAUGCUUUGAUGCAUCCCUCUAUAUCCAGAUGAAUGAAAGGAAACCAACUUGGAUAUGUCCAGUUUGUGACAAGAAAGCCCCUUUUGACUCACUGGUCAUUGAUGGCCUCUUCCUUGAGAUCUUACGGAACCCACCAGAGAGCAAUGAGAUCAUCUUUGUUGAAGAUGGUUCCUGGACACCGCUUGGUCCUAAGCAAGACAAACCUUCUCAUGUUCUUUCCUCACCUUGUACUGCAUCAGCACCAUCGUCAUCUCACUCCAGUUCCUCGGCGGCUGCACCAAGCUCCUCUAAUGCUCAAUCAGCAGACAGUCCCAAACCUAAAGAAGUGGUCAUUGACCUGACAUUGAGCAGUUCUGAUGAAGACGAUGACGACGAUGAUGAGGAGGAUGAUGUGCCCCUUGUACCUGCCACUUCCAGGGAGUCAGAACCACAGAAGGUUGACAGUGACAAGGAGGGCGAUGUUGUAGAAGGCAUGGAAGAAGAAGAAGAAGAGGAAGAGGAAGAAGAUGAUGACGAUAGGACAAUCGUACAAGAAUACACCGCACGGGAGCAGCAGAUUCAAGAUGACGACGACGAUGAUGACAUUAGGGAGGCACCAGUGACGUCAUCAAGCACGGACCAGGCGAGCGGCCGUGUGGAGAGAGGCCGGGAGACGCCGCAUAUGCCUCCCUUGCCCAUGCUGCCUACGCCAACGUCCAAAGGGUGCGUUGAUCUUUCUUUCGAUCUUUCAAGUAGGUCAGAACAUUCUAGGAACUGGCACUAUGAGUAUGAGACUGGACGGGCCUUGCCACCAUUACCGUCUGGUCUUCUUUCCCUCGGAGAUUCAGAUAUUUCCUAUAUUGGCAAUUACGAUGACCAGCUCUCAUUCAGUUACUCCCCUCAUAGACAGAGGUCCUCCAGUAAUAGUAGAUAUAGUCCUUAUCAUAACUGAGUGGAUCUCAUUAGAUUAGUGAUUGUGCAUAAGUGAAUGGCAUCUUGAAGCAAUUUAAAUACUCCUGAAGAAAAUGAAGACCCAUUUGUGAACAAAACUCUUUGUGCUGACUUGUUGAACAAUAAGAAAUAUUUCUUUUUUCUCUGCCAAGGGGACCUUCAUCAACACAUCACGUUUUAAUCGCUGCCAUCAUGAAAUUGGAACAUGUUUGUGCGGUGUGCUAUUUUAGACCAUGUAUAAUGAUACUUUUCCAAAUUACAAAGGGCAGUUCAUAUCUCUAUCGAAUAUCAUAUCUUGGAUUUAUCUCUACUAACGACUAAUUUGAGGUGUGUUUUAAUCAUUCACCAAAUUUCUAACAGUUUAACACCAUCUGUAAUCUAAUUACUUUCCACAUUCUUCAGGAAAAUUCAUUCUUGAUUAUGUCAAGCUGCCUUUCAGUGCAUGUUUUAGAAUAAUAACAGUUUUUUUUGCAUGUUAUUUGUUUUCAUGUUGCUUGUCUGCAUGUUACUUAUUUGCAUUUUUGUAGAAAACUUUUUUGUUUGGUAGAAGAUUGAUUUUUAUUCCACUAUGACCUAUAAAAUGGUGUAUGAUAUUGGGCAUGCGAUCUUUAAUAGGAACUCCCAGGCAAACAGAGCAUUCUCAUCCAUAUUUGACUUUGUUAACUUAGUUUAAUAUUCAUUUAUCAAAGUUACAUCAUCUACAUUGACUCGUAUCUAUGCACUAUUUUUUAUCUUCACCAAAUAUUUUCCUCUUUUUUUUUGUCGAGCCCCAACUCUGGUCGAAGGAAUGUAUACUCUUACAAAAAAUACUGACUAGAAAUUUGAAAUCUGAGCUACAUGCUCCAAUUUCAGACUUUCACAUUUUGAAAUAUCCAAAGGAUGUCACAAGGUCAAAGGUCACCAGAGGUGAACAAUCUUAUUGAGCCUAAUGUUUGAUUUGGGGGUCAAGUUCUAUUCUUAUCAUUUUAGGAAGCUGAAUGGCAUGAAAACGUCAAAGGUCAUAAAUAGGGGUUAAAAUGCUUCUGGAGCCAAGUGUUGGCAAUUACAAAUGGAUUAUUUUUGCCAUUUCCCAGAAACACAUUUUAGAUAUUGCCUUGUUGCUUGAAAGUCCUCACUCUAACGGUCAAUACCAUGCAUUAAGUAGGAGGGAGCUAUGGGUAUUUUUUUUUUUUUUUUUUUUUUUUUCUUUGUUGAGUUUUGCUUACCUUUGAUACAGAAAAUAACAUCAGAAAAAUUAAGGUUUAUAUAAUCCUGCACUCACUAAUGAAUGUAUUAUUAGUUUCUCAUGUUUUUGUGUGCGUUGAUUAUCAUUUUGUAUUGCUUUUUCUUUGUUAAGGUAGGUUUCUUUGGGUGAUCUAUAUGGCUUUCUUCUGAUUUGUGUUUCAGUGUGUCAUCUGUCUGUUCUGCUGUAUUUGUUUUGGAAGGAUCAUGUGUCUUUUGUUUGGUUGUUUGCGUGUUUUCUGUGAUUUAUUUCCCUUUGUUUGGUGAACAUGCUUGGGGCAUUGAAUUUUCCUGUUCUGAAAAAAACGAACAUUGUUACUAUAUCGGUAUCUCCUCUCCUUUUCAGUACACUUAGCCUUUUCAUAACAGGUGGAAUGGUGUAUCUUUGGUUUUACAAACAAAUUUUGGACUAUUUUUGAAGAUUGUAUCAUAAAACUUAAUUAAUUGAUCCAGAUGUGAAGUAUAGUAUGGAUGAUAUUCUUGUUUCUGAAAAAAGUGUAAUAGUGUUUUAAGUUUGAAAAAUGUGAGAAAAGUUACAGACACAUGCAAAAUUAUAUUUAGUAAUGUAUCAGAAUACAUAUUUUUUUAGAAAUUGGAAGUAGAUAUAUGUUUUGUACAGUUUUGUAUAUAGUAUUCUGUAAUUGAUGUUCUUGUUUGAUUUUACGCUUUAAAGUAAAUUAAUCUGUGUGAAAUUCUGUUUUAUGUUUGAUAAUGUGAUUGUUCAAUAAGAGCAUGGGGUCAGUGUUCAUUUGACCAAUCAAAAUGAUCCAAUGAAAUUAUUCAUCAUGAUGGUGAAAUAGAAAUGGCAAAAAAAAUAUAAAGAUUCUUACGUUUCUCAAUAAAUAUCAACUUGUGGGAUGUGGAAAUACUGUAGAAAUACCUGAUCAAUGUUGAUCCCAUGACCUGUAUAAUUUCACAGCUCACAGUGUGAAAUUUUAUGGUUUAUGAGAUAUCUUAACCAAUAUUUGUGUUUCUAUCUAAACUGCAAGUACUUUUCGUAGAAGAGUCAAUUUGGACUGUACUCCACUAAAUUCUAACACAUUUUUGGGUUACUUAAAAAAAAAAAACUUUCAGAUUAACCCUAACCAGGCCAGGCUUUUUUGGGUGUUAGAAAACCGGGGGGGGGGGG